AUGCCAACAAACCUGUCUGCAAAUGAAGGAAAACAAACUGAAACUCUCCUUGAACUGAGAUGCGUGGCAGGAUGGACAGAUGAGAUAGAGAAACAGUUGAUAUUUCUCGGAGCAAUCAACAUUUUCCUGUCCCUCACUGCUUUGAUUGGAAAUACUCUUAUUCUCCAAGCCCUUCGGAAGGAGUCUUCCCUUCACCCUCCAUCAAAAGUCUUGUAUCGUUGUCUGGCAACUGCUGAUCUCUGCGUUGGACUUAUUGCCGAGCCUUUUCAAGUCGCCUUUAUUUUCUCACUGGUUCACAAAAACUGGAGAGUCUGUCGCAUCGCAUUAGCCUCAGUGUUUAUAGCAGACUACACUCUGUGUUCUGUGUCUAUAUCAACUGCGACCAUAAUAAGUGUAGACAGACUUCUGGCCUUGUUGCUUGGGCUGAGAUAUAGAAAAGUUGUAACUUUGAAGAAAGCAUAUGUGCUUCUCAACAUACUUUGGGUGGUGUCGAUAGCCGCUGGGACAACGUACUUUGUAAAUCAUCGUAUUGCUAUCUGGUAUAGCUUUAUCGGUACGCCUCUAUGUCUUGUGACUGCAACGUUUUCGUACACAAUGAUUUUCUUUCGUCUUCAUCAUAACCAAAAUCAUUGGCAGACUCAUCUUCUACAGCGCCCGAACGAACCAAUUCCUAGGAGCGUGGCGCGUUACAGAAAGGUAGUAUAUAAUACGCUAUGGGUGCAGCUAGCAAUGGUCGUCUGCUAUCUACCUUACGUCAUAACCGCGGCAGUUCUCCCUGGCGAGAGAAAAUCUCCAUCGGACUUUAUAUUCUGGACCUAUGCGGUUACCCUAGUUAAUUUCAGCUCGUCGCUCAACCCGAUUCUUUAUUGUUGGAAGAUUGGAGAAGUGAGACAAGCAGUAAAGGAGACAGUCAGACGAGCACUUUGCUGCUCAUGGAGCUGGCUGCAGUGA